AUGGUCAUCACAGCGUACUGCACCACCCUGAUUACGAUCCGGAUCUGGAGUACUAGUAACGCCAGCCAGAGUGUUUCAAGUUUGCGACCGGUUAUAAUUGCUAUGGUUGAGAGCGGCGCCUUGUACACUUCAAGUAUUCUAUGCGUUUUAGUCACCUACUUGGCUUCAUCAUACGGAACAUACACCUCCCUCGAUACUGUGAUGCCUUUCGUGAUCAAGCGGCAGAUCAGCAGCGGCUCUAGUAACAUGAUGGACUCGGGAAAUGGCAGCAACGGUGCCGAUGCCAUGCGUGCACCCAUCGAAGUGUGGACAUCAUCCAGCGUACGCCAAGACCGAGAUGCAUUGCCCAUGAAAACCUUUUGGUCGCAGAACGGAGCAUCUGACGAUACGAAGUACAGUGGGCCCACAAUAGUAUAA